AUGGACACACUCACGUAUGCAGUUCUCAGUGUAGGUCUCUGUUUAUGUUCUGCAUUGCCACCGCCUAAAAUAAAAUUAGAUGCUGCACACCGUAACAAAAUCACCAUCAACAUUCCAGAUGCUGCCGGUGUAGCUGAUGUUGUAGUCUUAUACGAUUUACACCGACGAGAUCGUCUGGACUACACAUCUGUUCAGAGGGGCAGAUUACGUCUGAAGAGAAACUACGCUGGAUGUUUCUUUGAUGAGAUUGUUAACAACAUUGCACAAGGCGAUGACGCUAUUCUGGAAUAUUUAGGUUAUUAUUAUGCAACGGAUGGCAACAUAAUACAUCGCAUCCGGGAUAGGUUUGUCAUACCACAAAUUACGCCCCUUUCACCUCGUAUUGUCAGAAGAGGCACCACCGUCCUCUACGACGAUUUCUCCUCCAACGUCCUCGACACCAACAAGUGGUGGUUUGAAAUCACGUCCCAUGGGGGAGGGAGUGGACAGUUCCAGAUGUACACACCUGAUAUUGCGAACACUUUCAUCAGGAAUGGUAUUCUAUACAUCAAGCCGACCUUCACUGCUGAUAAAUUUGGAGAACAGUUCUUACACAGCGGAAGACUUAACCUCACCAAACAAUGGGGUUCCUGCACUUACAGUGGACACAACGGAUGCAUCCGCGAAGGAAGCCUCCAAAACAUACCACCAAUCAUGUCAGCGGAAAUACAUUCCAAAGUUACAAUAGUUCACGGUAGAGUGGAGGUGGUGGCUCAAAUCCCUAAAGGAGACUGGCUGUGGCCAGCAAUAUGGCUUCGAGCAGAAUGGCCUUGGAAAUAUGGGAAAUGGCCAGCAUCGGGUGAAAUUGACAUCAUGGAAACAAGAGGUAACCUCAAUCUAAAAGAUGACCACAAUCAGGAUAAGAGCGUUAACGUUGUGUCUUCAACACUGCACUGGGGGACUUCGACCACGCAGCAUAAACACCACGGAGAAUCUAGACCAAGCACUUUCGGGACAACAUGGGCUGAUGAUUUUCAUACCUUUACAUUGGACUGGAAUGCAGAUCACAUCAGAAUGGAUGUCGACCACCAGCCUAUCUUAGCGUGGACAACACCACCGAAGGGAUACUGGGACUAUAGCCAUCUGUCUGGCAACAACAUCUGGGCCCAUGGUGGCAAAGACGCACCUUUUGAUAGCAGGAUGGGUCUUAUCCUCAACAUUGCUGUGGGUGCUACCAAUGGCUACUUCCCUGAUUCCUGGCACAACAUUCCCCAUGGCAAGCCAUGGAAGAACACCUCCCCUACUGCCAUGAUGGAUUUCUGGAAGAACAGGCAUCAGUGGCAGCCUACUUGGCACGGUGAUGACGUCGCUAUGAAGGUCAAGUCCGUCAAGAUGAUACAGUAUUAGUAGCGUUCAAUAAAAUGCGUGAACGAAGGUGGUAUUACAGUA